AUGCAGUGGUAAGGAGUGUGCGAGCAAAACAUAAAAAUAAGUUUUUAGAUUCGCCCUGAAUUUUUAACAGGCAUCAGCUGUUUAACGACAGGGCCGCCUUUCAAGGUCAAUAUCAGUAUAAAAAGUGACGAUGCCUAACAUCGCCGUGCUGGGGGCAGGCAUAAUAGGUGUCUCUACAGCCUUGAACAUCCAAAAUCUGAUUCCAUCGGCUCAGGUCAAGAUAAUUUCGGAGAAAUUUGGCCAGGAAACGACAAGUUGGGGCGCUGGAGGGUUAUUUCGACCGACUGCCAAAUUCAUCCAAGGAGUGCCCGAAGAAAAAAUACGGAGAUGGGCUCGGGCAGGAUGGGAUUUCUACUCUUCUCUUGCAGUGUCAGAUAAAGCUAAAGAAUCGGGGAUGCAAAUAGUCUCUGGGUUCAUACUAAGUCAAACCAAGGUCGAGAACCCGUUAUACAAGGAUUCUGUUUAUAGCUUCCACGAAAUCAGCAGAAAAGCGGUAACAGAGCUCGGAUUUGGGCACUAUAAGUAUGUCUAUCAGGUGACUACUGUGAUAGCCAUAGUAAGGGAUUACCUACCCUACCUUUUCAAAAGAUUCGAAGAAAACGGAGGGCAGACAGAACAAAGAAGAAUUGACGAUUUAAAUGAAUUGGUCGGUCAGUACGAUUUGGUGGUUAACUGUACGGGUAUCGGGAGUCGCUCUCUGUUUGGAGAUACUUCCAUCUUUCCUGUUCGAGGUCAGCUACUGAGGGUAAAGGCACCAUGGAUAAAGAAUUUUAUAUACACAGAGGACGAUGCUUAUCUGAUCCCAAAUGGUGAAUUACUGGUGGUAGGAGGUUGUCGACAACAUAAUAACUACAAUUUAAAUAUAGAAGCUAGCGACAGCAAGGCGAUCCUUGAGAGGUGUUACAAGAUCUGUCCGGAACUAAAGGGUGCUGUGAUUGAUCAUGAAUGGACCGGACUUCGACCUACACGUGUCCCAAUUCGUAUAGAAAAGGAAAUUCUCCAGUUAAAGAAAGGACGCUUAGUUGUUGUUCAUAACUAUGGUCAUGGUGCUAAUGGAAUUUCUAUGAGCUGGGGAACCAGCAUGGAUGCUGCAGAACUAGUCAAAGAUGCAUUAUUAAGUUCAAAACUUUGAUGACAUUGCACUGUAGAAGAAGAAUAAAAACCAGGUUGUUCAAUACUAUGGUCAUGGUGCUAAUGGAGUUUCUAUGAGCUGGGGAACCAGCAUAGAUGCAGCAGAACUAGUCAAAGAUGCAUUAUUAUGUUAAAAACUUUUAUAACCUUUCACAUGUCUUUUUUCAUAUUUAAUUGAAUCUAGUAUGUUUUUUUUAAAUGUAUUUAUACAUUAUAUUUUGUUGUCUACACCAAUGUUAUUAUACUGUAUUUUUAAGAAAUAGCUGAUAAUAGUGAUUCGAAUGGGAUUUUAUGAUAGAGGCUUUUCACUUUGCUGAAUCUUAUGAUAUCUGAAAAACCGCACACCUAUUUUUAAAAUCAUUAUGGUUAGAUCCUCGGUGAUAAUUUUGUCAUUGUUAUUUAAAUCUUUCAACAAAGUUUUCAAUUUUCAUGUAUUCAAGAAAAACAUUCAAGAAUUAGAUUAUAAUAUGUAUGUAAUGUUGUCAAUAUAUAAAAAGUUACCAAAAUUGUGAUUCACGAGUUACUUAAAAUUUCAUACGGUAUGAUUUCAAUUUGACCAUUGACUACUGGUAUUUCAGUUUGGGGAUCUGAUCUUAAACAAUCAUAACACAAUCCGACGAUUGAAAAUGCCAGAUGGUGUCACGAAAUAGUUAAUGUUUUUGUUAAUGUUUGUGCGCAUUUUUGUGCUUCUAUUAUGAAACUCUCUUUACUUUAUAGCAUGCAACAAACGUAAUGGAUUCCUUUAUUUGAAGUACAAUGAAUAUAACUAUAAUAUAACUAUAAUAUAACUAUAAAUUAUUAAA